AUGGACCCACGGCGAGGAUAUCAAGGGAAUGAAAGCCUCAUUCUUGUCGGAUUUGUUGGCGCGGGGAAAAGAACCCUUGGGUUGAUUGCGUCCGCAGCACUACAACGGGAGUUGAUAAACUACGACGUACUGUUCCAACAGCAAACAGGCAUUCAACCGGGAGAUUAUAUCGACACAUAUGGCCCAGAGCGAUAUCAGGUUUUGGAGCAUGAGAUUACCACCGAUGUUAUUGAAAGAAAACGCACUGGUGCUGUUCUUGUCGGGUUCUUCAAGGUGCUUCGCGGCAGAGGAUCGAUGACACUGCGCGAACUGUGCAAGACAAAUCCUGUCGUUCUGAUCAGGCGCGAUAUAGACAAGCACCCCGACGUCUUGCGCGAUGAAGAGAAGUUCACCCGUGCACAUCGUGUGAGCAACAUAUUGUAUGGACGAUGCUCCAACUUUGACUUUUUCAACAUUACCCAGCCCGACGGAGAGGGAAUCAGGGCACCGCUAAAGUUGAAACAGACAGAACGUGACUUCAAACGGUUCUUGAAUGCCAUCUUCGGGCAGUCGUCGCGUCUCUUGCACUCUGCCGAUCCGCUUUCUCUCUCAUACACCCAUGCAUUACAGGUCCCUUUGAGCUGGCUGGAGGAUAUCAAGUCGGACCUCUCGGUACUCGAGUGCGGCGCGGAUGCUGUAAAUUUGAUACUUGAUGGGGACGUUGAAAACCCCAACACUGUUGCGCAUCGCGUAUCCAAGCAGAUUUCUUUUCUGCGGCAACACACGAGACUGCCCGUCAUUUUCGAUAUCGGGACCUCUGAAAAUCCCAACACUACGUACUAUGAAGAUCUGCUGGAGAUUGGAUUCCGACAAGCUCCGGACAUGGUGAUCGUCUCUCUGGACUGCACGGCGCGUGCCGAUGCCCUAACUGCUGCGAAGGGUCACGCUAAAAUGAUAGGCAUUUGGCAUACACCAACGGCAUGGUCUCGUGUUUGGGAAUCGACGACAUGGCGAGUAAUGUACAAAAAGGCGAGAAUCCUGAGCUGCGACGCUAUUCGGAUCACAUCUACAUCAGAUUCCGUGCUCAACAACUUGGAGUGUCUCCGAAUUAUACAUGCAGCCAACAAGUCACUUGAGAUUCCAAUCAUCGGAUAUAAUACCGACGUGCAGGGCCGGACUUCUGUUUGUUUCAAUCCGAUAUUGUCUCCUAUAGUUCUCCCGUCUAUGCUACAUAAUGGCGUCACCUUACAACAGGCUCACCAGGCGCUGUAUUCGAGUUAUUUCCUCCCGAAAAAGCAUUUUACGAUUGUUGGGAAGACAGUCACUUAUAGCUUGUCGCCGCACAUGCACAACGCAGCCUACAGCGCAUGUGGAAUGCCCCAUGUGUAUGAUUCCAUGCAAGUCGACUCUUUCUCGAGCGUUCAACGACUCUUCGAAGAAGGAGACAGAGAUGGGCUUGUCGUGUCACUUCCGUAUAAAACAGAUAUACUACAAAUGCUGGAUGAAGUGGCCCCCGAUGCGCGUUGCAUUGGUGCCGUGAACACGGUCGUCGUUGAGAAGGACCUCGUUAGUGGUCAGCCUUCGAAGGGACCUAUCCUGAAGGGCUAUAAUACCGAUUACAUUGGGAUAAUGAACUGCAUCCAGCUAAACCUAUCUCCAGCAAACUCCGUCAAACAAGGAACUAGCGCGCUCAUCGUCGGGGCUGGUGGAAUGGCGCGCGCGGCGAUUUAUGCCUGCGUUCAAGUCGGCAUACAAAACAUUUGCAUCUUCAAUCGGACAAGAGAGAAUGCUCAUAAACUGGUCGAAUAUUACAACCAUUUAUCGACGUCUGGUUGGAAGGAAUCUCUGUCAUUGUCUGUCCUGGAGACAUUGGACUCCCCUUGGCCGACGCAGCUGCGUCAACCGACAGUGAUUGUAUCCUGUAUUGCUCCAGAUACGCCUGCUACUUUCUCUAUACCAGAACAAUGGCUUUGUAGCAAAACUGGUGGUGUAUCCAUUGAGCUAGCAUACACCCCCCUCGUUACGCCGUUUACAAAGCAGAUGCAGUCAAAGGUCUCGCGAGGAUGGAUCCUAGUCGAUGGUUCUGAAGUACUUGUUGAACAGGGCGUUGCACAAUUUGAGAUACUCACAGGAAGACCUGCGCCAGUUUAUAUCAUGCGAGAUGCUGUCCAGAGGAGGUAUGCUACAGUUCACUCCGGGUAUACAGAUGAGAAUCCUUAG